GGCUGAGGACACCGGCGGGGGGCUCGAUGGCAGCGAGGAGGAGCGAGCCCGGGGAGCCGUGAAGGAUGCUCCAGGGGCCGUACAGCAGCCUGGACCGGGACCGGCUCCUCAUCCGGCUGCCGUUCAAAAGCUUCGCCGUGGGGACGGUUCUGCUGCCGGUGACCGGCUUCAUCGCCUGCAUCUUCAUCUCCCUCUGGUACCACUACGAGGACGCGACGUACACGCACUGUAAGGUGUCCAACUACCUCCCGUCCAUCAGCUCCGCCAUCAGCGGUGUGCCGGAGCGCUACAUCUGGCGCGGCUGCAUCGGGCUCCACUCGGCGCCGCGGUACCUGGUGGCCUUCGCCUACUUCAGCUUCUACCGCAGCCGCUUCGCCAACAGGCUGCGGGAGCUGCUGCUGAGCGGGCUGGCGCUCCUCUGCAGCCUCGCCGAGAACACCGGCCUGGUGAUGCUCACGUACGUGUCGUCCACGGAAACCUACAGUGUUCAUAAGUACGGGUUCCUCACGUUCAUAGGGAGCUCGCUGGUGCACAUGCUCACUACGUGCUGGCUGUGGUACGUCAUCAAGAGACACUACGUGAGCCCAGAGGAAGUGACAUCAUAUCGCUGGAAGCUGCGUCUCUUCCUGUUCAACAUCAGCUGCUGUGUGAUCGCCGCCUACUUCUUCAGACGCCACAACAAAUACUGUGAAGCAGGAAUCUACUCCCUGUUCGCCGCCUUCGAGUACCUGGUGGUCUUCUCCAACAUGGCCUUCCACAUGACGGCCUUCUGGGACUUCGGGAGCAAAGAGGUGACCGUGGCCACGCCGCCGGAGGACAAACGAUACUGAGCAGGAGGGGGCGGGGCGUUUCUACCAUUUCUGAACUUAAGCGCAGAGAGAGAAGUCUGAUGACAUCAUUCCAACGACACCCUGACCUUCAGACGGCGUGAUGGAGACGUGGACCAGAGUUCGUCUUCUGUUGUUGUUUCUCUAGUGCGCCUGUGUCUUUAAAUUGUCAGAAAUGAUGCGUAUUGAUGAUGUCAUUGAUGAUCAGCCCGCUGUGAUGAUGUCACACUUGUUUGUUUACAGAAACAGCUGAUCAGGGUUUUA